CCCCGGUCAAAGGGUCCGAAGGAGGCGCGAGCGCUGGAAACCGGAGAAAAGAGAGAAAAGAAAGAAAAGGGAGAAAAGAGAGAAAAGGGAGGGAAGCAGACGAGACUAUCCUCCCCAUCGACCGAGGGAGAAGGGGCAAAGGAAGAGGCAAAGGCGGUUGCCGCGGAAUCCAACGAGUCUUCUCUGGAGUGUGCACAAAAGAGAAAAAGAAGGGAGACAAGGAAAAGGGAGGCAGGCACCCGACGGAGAAAGAACAGACGAGAUUGAGAGAGAAGAGUACAACGGAGAAAAGAGAAGGAGACGAAAAAACAAAUCGCGAGAAGAAGAGAGGAGAGAGGACAGGCGAACGAGACACACAGUUCGGCAGGAAAAAGACAGUGCAGCGUCGAUUCACUGUCAAAAGAGCAAUUUCGAGGUUCGAGAAUCCUGAGAAUUUGUGACUGUGAGUUUCUGCGUUGGCGCGGUUGUGUGUCUCCGUCGUUUCAACUGACAAAAAAAGAAUGAAAUGUUGAGCGAGUCCGAAGCCAAGCCUCAAGAAGACACCCUCGGGUGUGCGUACACUCCACUACAGGGAGUCGCUGUAAGAGUUUCCCUCUUGGCUCUCAGCUUCAAAAGCAGCAGAGGAACUCCUUUCUCGUCCACGGAAAGCAGUUGCGUUAUUUACGCGAGAGAGACUCGCGAGAGACGGGACCCGAUCGCGUUCUCGUCCUGGCACACCGGAGAGCGAAGGAAAUUGCAUGCGCGUGAGUCCGGGAGCCACAGGUCCAGAGGUGAAAUGGCGAGGAAUUUACGCGGAGAGAAGGUAGAACCUAGCAGAGGAGCGACCAAGUGGAGAAAACGGAGAAGAGGGGAAGGCUUCCGAUGGAAAGCGGCAAAAAGAAGACAGAGAGGACGCUGCGAUUCUUCCGUGAGUCACCUCGCGCAGCGAAUGCUGCACCUCUCACAGAACAGGAGAGGAGCAUUUUGCCGAGGUGGAGGGCGACAGCAGUUCAGUAAAGACGGCGGUUUUCCAGGCGAGAAGAAGCAAAAAAGCGGUUGCUUUCUCCAUGCAAAAAAGCAGAACUGCUUCCUUCUCGGGUGCACAGAGCCAGCUGGUGUCUGGUGCUCGCGCUCCGAAAGCUGCGCGCCAUGCUACGCUCCUCUUGUCUUCGCGAAAUGGCAUCCUCUUUGACAUUCACGGUCGACUGCUGAAGAAACUGUCAGUCCUUCUCUGUUGGACGAUUCCGCGCACAAGCGGCUUCUGCUCUGACGGAACGUUCCUUGCUUCUCCCGUGUUUUUGCCGCUCUCGUCCUCCCGCGGAAGAGGAAAAAUUUCCGAGUCGCUGCGUCAUCUGCCGGACUUCCGCCACAGCGGACUUCUCGGAGAUGAUGAAAAACAAGAGAAACUGAAAGACAGACUCAAACAGGAGAGACAACGAGAUUCACCAGGGAAAGAGAAAGUCUCCCGUCUGGAGUGGAGGGCCGUUCUGCUCAAUGAACGCUUCCGAUGUAACUCCGUCGACAUCCCGCCGUGUGAGUUUUUUGAGGUGUAGAUAUGCCCCCCUAUACCUGGCCGUCGAGACUCGCGGCUCGGAGCCUCAGCGUCGAGUUGUCCGCGGUUUCCUUUUUUUUCGCGAGCGUUCAAGAGGAGCUGUUGGCCUCUCUCUUCCCAGAGCUUUUCGAAAGAGAGACUUCUUCUUCGGCGAGUUGAACAGGAGGGCGAUGAGGUCUCGCGUCAUUCGAGUGUGCGUCGCGCUGGCGCCUCGCUUCUCCUGCCGGAAAAAAGAAGCCUCCGCGGAUGCGUUUAUCCUCUCUUCCGCGUCUUCCACCUUCGUCCGCCUCCACGCCUUGUCUCCGCUCUCCCAUCCGGUGUUCUUGUGAAUGCGACCUCGUCGAUGGAUCAAAGGGAAACUCACAAAGCAAGAAAAUGGAGACUGUCGAAGUGCCUGCAUUCCUCGAAGCGGCGAAUUCCGCCGAAGCUCCGCGUCCGGCUUCUCCCGCGCGUGAGGUGGAUGUACAGCUCACGGUGCCCUGCCCCCGCGAUGGCGCCGACGCAGGGGAGGCUGUGGGGACUCGCAAGCGCUCCAGAGGGCCUGCAGACCGAGCGGAGGAGGCAAGCGGUCGAACUCACUCGGCGGCCGAGGAGCCUCGCGCAAAGGAGGGAGGCUUGUCUCCAGCGUCAAGGGAUGGAGACAGCGGACAGAGCAGGAAGCGUGUGAAGCGCGAGUGGACAAGUGGAGGUCGACUGGAGCAGCGAGGCCCUCUCGGCGUUGCUGCGCAUGCAGUGGAGUGGCGACGAGCCAGUGCUGAAGCCAGAGGAGACGCGAGACAAACGCCAGACGCAGCCAGAGGGUCGAGUUGUCGCGUUGAUCGAUUCGUUGGCGAGGAUGGCGUUCUCGAUGAAGGCGAUUUGUUUUCGCCGUCUCCGUUUUGGCCCUUUUUCUCGGCAUGCGAUCCUGUUGCUCUCGCGCCGGCCCCCACGGUGUGUCCAGACACACCAAGUGUCUCCGUUGUCUCUGCCUGCUCGCGUCUCCUUCGAGCGCCGCCGAGAGACCUGGCCAGCGAAGCGACGCUGGACAGUCUGGCAGGAAAUGUACACGUGGAAGAGAGUUUGUGGAGAGGCUGUGAGUCGCCAAAUAUUCUGGAAAUUCUCAGAGACAUCCUCGUCGUAUUUGCCAAGGAUCCCUCGACCCAGCUGUCGAAAAUGUUUCACACUGCCUCUCUCCUCGCCCCCUACCAAGCGGCCUCUUGCCAUGCGGCCUCGGAUGCGGAGAGAGACAAAAAAGGAGACGAAGCGGAUUCGGCCAGGAGGCGAGACCACCACGAGAAGGAAAGAGACCACGGAGGCGGCCCGCUGGCUGUCGGCGAGUCCGCGGACUCUGAGGGGAGACACCCUGGGGCAACUGAGCAUGCAGCGGGAGAGGCAGCGGGAGAGGCAGCGGACGGUGUACGUACAGCUGACGGGGACGCAUGCCAGGAGAGAAGAGCCGAGGGCGCAGGCGCUGCGAAUGGCGUAGCGCCUCUGGGGAUGCCCGAGCCGGCGCAUGCAGUCGGAGAUCGGGAGCGAGAGAACGGAUCACUCGAGGUGAAGAAAGCCGAGAGAGAAGAUGCAGAGCGGCUCGAGAACGGCGGAGGGGGACAAACGGCAGGAGAGGACCGGGAGGAUGUGAACGACGAUCCGCGAGACACGGAGAGGGAGCCAGGGCCGCAGCAAGCUGGACGUCGAUGUCUAGAAGCGAAUGGCGUUCGAGGCGUCAAGCAGGAACAAGAGAACGCGGGGACCGACGAGGAACGCGUGCUAUAUCUCCAGCUGAAAGAAGUCGUUCUGAGCGUCGCCGCGGCGCUAGAAAUUCAGCAGUUGGAGCCGCCGAGAAAACGGAAGGACCCUAAGAAGAAGCCCCACUCUUCGAGUGCAUCAUCUGCAUGCAGCCGCGGGCGCGGCAACGCGGUUUCUUCUUCUGUUUCUUGUUUCUCUGCUUCGGCGAACUGUACUUCCGAGGACGGAGAGAGGAGCGGUGGAGACGCCGCGGGUGCCCGAGCGAACGGCGAAAUAAAGGCAGCCAGCGACGAGACAUACUCCGAUCGCAGGGUGCCAGGCGGUCUGCACGAGGAGAGUGAGGAGAACGAAGCAGCGAGAGAGAAGACGAGAGAAGAGAGCGGCCGGACGAGGACGCCUGCAAGCGAGAGUGGAUCCAACGCGUUUGUGGGGUUUGCGCAGCAGUCCGAGUCACGCGCGAACUCUGGUGUCUCUUCUCGGCCAGCGGAAGAGCGAGGAAAUGAGGAAACGUUUCCUGACAAAGAGGAAGAGGGAGCCCCUGCGCAACGCGAGAAACAUGUUGCGUGGGCAGAGACAACUGGGGCGGAGACAGCUCGGAACAGCGACGAGAGCGAAGAUCGAAGAGACCCUCGGCUCGAAACCUGCCCUCUCUGCGACUGCCAAGAAGACGACGCUGCGUGGACGCUCCACGGCAUUCUGCCGUACGACAUCCUCUACGAAAAAUGGAAAGCCUUUCUUAUGAAAGGCGCUCCAACAGGUCUGGGGCUCGCGUCUUUCUUCGGGAAGUCGUUCAUUUUUCACACAUUGCAUGCGGCGUUGCCCGCGCUGUUGGAGGAACUCGCCAACACCGUCGUGGGGACGGAGCUGCGACGCUUCGUUGUCGCCCUCGCAGCCGCCGUCGGCCUCUCCAGUUCGCAUGCAGAGGAGCUUCUCCACCGGGCCGUCGCUGUUCGUUCCAGUCGCCUCGAAUCGAUCUUGCCGUCGGAGACAGGCUUGGGGUUUCUGCACCGCGACGCGGGAGGAGCGCGCGAAGAGGAACUCGGAAUCAUCAGCUUCUGCUGCGUGACGAACGACAGGCAACCGUUGCACAUGCGGCACUUGGUGACGGUGAAAAACAUCUUCUCUCGACAGCUCCCGAAGAUGCCGCGAGAGUACAUCGUCCGGCUCGUUUUUGACCGAGCCCACUUCACCUUCUGUCUCUGCAAGCAAGGCCGCGUCAUCGGAGGAGUCUGCUUCCGCCCCUACUUCCGCGAAAAAUUCGCGGAAAUUGCUUUCCUGGCGGUGACAUCUACUGAGCAGGUCAAGGGUUACGGGACGCGUCUCAUGAAUCAUCUCAAGGAACAUGUGAAGAAAUCUGGAAUCGAAUAUUUCCUCACCUACGCAGACAACUUUGCAGUGGGGUAUUUCCGUAAGCAGGGCUUCAGCAGCAAGAUAACGAUGCCGCGAGACCGUUGGUUGGGCUACAUCAAGGACUACGACGGCGGUACGUUGAUGGAGUGUCGUCUCAGCACCCGAAUAAAUUACCUGAAACUUUCGCAGCUCCUCGCGCUACAGAAACUCGCAGUGAAGCGACGCAUUGAGCAAUCCGCGCCUUCAGUCGUCUGUCCUUCUCUCUCUUUCUGGAAGGAAAAUCCAGGUCAGCUGUUGAUGCCGUCGGCCAUUCCGGGCUUGGCCGAACUAAACAAGAAUGGCGAGCUGUCUCUGCUGCUGUCUUCGGGGCGCGUCGGGGCCGCGCCCCAAGGGUCAGGGGCCCUUCCCGGCGGGCGCACGGGCGCCUUGGGCUCCAAAAAGGGCCCUUUCGGGCGCGCGGGCUUCGCGAAGGGCGAAAAGGGCCUGCGCGCUGCGUCACUCAAGGCGCAGAUUGCGGCGCUUCUGUCAACUCUGGAAAAGCAUUCUUCCUCUUGGCCCUUCCGGCGACCUGUCUCGGGGGACUACAGAACGAAGGAGGCGUUCCAGGAAGAUCUGCUGCUGAUGUUCGACAACUGUCGCGUGUACAAUUCGCCCGACACAAUUUACUACAAGUACGCAGACGAGCUCCAGGCCUUCAUCUGGCCCAAGGUCGAGGCUCUCGGGAGUUUCUGAAAGACUGAAACCAAGAGCGAAGAAGCAGCUUCUGUAGAGCUGCUUCGCCCGUCACGCUCUUUUCUGCCCUCACGCAGGAAGCGACAGGAGCUCCGGAACACAGAAAGCUAAGACAGAAACGAAUCGCUACGUGAGCGAGAGGAACACAGUCGAGGCAAACGGGCUCGCUGAAGCUCAGGAUUCACUCCCCUUGCUGAGAAAUAGAGCUCGAAUGAGCCUUCAGGUCAACCUCCCUCGUGCUUCCCUUACUAAUCUUCCAAACAAACGCAUGUCUUAAAAUAUAGGACUGUAUAAAUAUAUAUAUAUAUAUAUAUAUAUUUGUAUAGAUAUACGUGCUUCAGUAUAUAAUUAUAUAUAUAUAUAUAUAUAUAUAUAUACAUAUCGAUGUACUUCAGUAUCUACCUUUACAUAUAUAUAUGGUCUUGUAAGAUGUAGAAUUCUUCAAGUGCCGGGAGAAUGGGUUUGGCAUUUUCGGCGGAUACAGGCAGGUGGGUCCUGCGUCGUGUGAAGAGUGGAAAUUUUGUGUUUCUGCGGUGUUUAUUCUCCGCUAUGGUUGCUUCAACAGAACCAUCGAUAGGGAUCUGUGUGCAGGCGUGUAAGGGGCUUCGGGUCGAGUGUCGGCUUAUAUGCGAGUCUCUUUUGUAAGGCGUCUCCGCUUUCGAAUGUGCGUGGGACGUAUGGGAGGCGGUUUCGAUCGCCAGCUGCGUUCGUUGUAAAGCUCGCGAGUCCUCUCCCUUCUGUCUUUUUAACAAACGCCCCGAGGAGAGAACGAACUAUGCAUGCACAUGCAAAGAAAAGAAUGUGCGCAG